UGUCUGGAGAACAUGGAGCAGACUUGUUCCAUUUUUGGAGGAAACAUGAAAAGAUCUAAAUACGAAAGCAUUAUUAAUGCUGCCGGUAGACAUCUUUCAAAGCGGAAUUGCACAGAUUCUGAUGUUCUUAAAAAGAGCAAGUUAAAGUUGAAGCAGACCGCCGAACAAUUUGAAAACUCAGCAAUAUGGAGUCAGAAGAUCAUUUCCAUACAAAAUUUCAGCCUAACUGAACAAGAAGCAGAUCUUCAAUUCUCAAAACUGAAGGCAUGGGUGGAAUCUCUAGAUGAUGGUGCUCGAAUUGAAAUAGAUGAAAUUCUUUUUCCUGCAUUUAUUUCACUAUAUAGAAAACUUAAUGUCAGUGGCAACACAAGCGGAGCAAGAGGGUUUUACACCCGCAACCAGUCAAACUUUUUCAAAGUGCCUGAACUCCGGAAAAUGGCUGAAAGAUUUUGUUCUGAAAAUACAAGUCAUUUUAUUCUGGAGUUGUCCCAAGAACCAUAUGAAAUACUUCAUAGUUAUAUUGGAAGCAAUGAACACCCGUUUUUGCAACAACUACUAAACACCACCUUGGAGAUCAACAUCAUGAAAACGAAAAUCGACUCGAGCGAUCCCUCUCAAACAAUUUCGAAGUCACAGGAGGACUCGUCAAAUAUGGAAGAAGUGCAGGAUUUGAUGGCUGCCAUUUCUCGAUUGGAAGAACUUCCACCCACUGCCCCGUUAUUGAAGUUAUAUUCCAUCGACACAGGACAAAGGAGAAUGAGUGCAGCCUCUGCUUCACCUUGCCAAGGCUAUCUCUCCUGUGGGUUUCAAGAUUCAUCCGUGGCAAUCUGGGAUGUUAAAGAACUCCGAUCUCUGUCCGUCUCGAAUGUUAAUCGAUCAAAUCUCUCUGAAUCCUGCGCCAUCGGCCUUUAUCAUCCCGUUGCUUCGCCAUUAACAUUCCCACUGGAACCGGAUUCUUCCCUUUCUAUAUGUUUGGGACAUUCUGGUCCUGUGUAUGCCACGCAGUUCACGCCUAAUAACACUCACAUGCUUAGCUGUAGCGAUGACACGACGUUAAGGCUUUGGGAUAUGUCAUCCAUGGAAAAUGCAGUAGUGUAUCGAGGACACACUUACCCCGUGUGGGCCAUGGAUAUCUCGCAACAGAGCCAGUACUUUGCGUCUGCAUCCCAAGAUCGUACUGCCAAAAUUUGGAUGUUUGAUCGCACUUUCCCCUUGCGGAUUCUAGCCGGCCAUACUGCCGAUGUUGAUUGUGUGACUUUCCAUCCAAAUGGACUUUACUUGGCUACGGGUUCUGCUGAUAGUUCCGUCCGUAUGUGGCAUGUCACAGAAGGCAAAACAGUUCGCAUAUUGGUUGGCCACCGUGGCACAGUUUUAGCCGUUGCUUUCAGUCCUUGUGGAAAGUUGUUAGCUUCAGCUGGUGAGGAUCAUCGCGUUAAGGUUUGGGAUGUUGCUGCUGGGUCUAUCCUUCAUGACUAUGCUGGCCAUCACGAUGUCAUCCAUGGAUUAGUCUGGAUCUCUGAGAGUGUUCUUGCGUCAUACAGUGCUGACGGUAACAUACGGGUCUGGAAUGUUACCCAGCAUUCCGUUCCUUCAUCGCAACUAUCACAGCAAGAGAUUGCAUCGUAUUCAGUGUCGUCACCCACGAAAAUCGUACACCUUGGUCGUGGUAACCAAUCAACUUUGGUCUGCAUCGCUGCUUCGGAUUAAGCUACCUGUAAAUAUUUAUCUUCUUAUAUUUUUUCUCGGUUUAGUGUUUUUAGUGUCCCAGAAAUUCAUCAAACACAGUUAAUUUCUGUGGAAGUUUAUUCUCGUAUCCGAUGAAAAGUUCAUUUAUUUUUUCAUGUCCUGCUACAGUAAAGCACCCUAUACCUUGAUAAUUAAUGGGUUGGUGGGUGGCUAUAAAAACUUUUCGACGCUCGGUUUUUUACACGCGCACGCACAAGUGAAAGAAAACAAGGGGUAUCCUCAAACAUGUAUAACACAGUCCCAAUGACAGUUUUGUUUUUCGACUCGGGCAAAAAUGAUGAAAUUUCUAUCAAGUCGUUGACAUCCUUUAACUGACUGUUGCACAGUUUCGACGCCUGAAAAAGAACUUCCAAAAAUCCCUAAAAAUGACUUAUCGACGAUAGCGAUUUUUCAGAGCUUUCAAGGUCUUUUGCAUCAAUGGUGCAACCUUUGGUUUCUUGGCCGCAGCUUAAAGGAAGAAAAUAAAUAUUAAUCUUAUGUCAUGUUCUGAGCUUUUAAAACUAGGAGGCUGUAUCUUACAUGAUGAGCUGGACGAGCUGGAAGAUCGUGGUGCAGACGACUGCGCCAUUUUGACUACUUCUGCCACUGCAGUACUUCCGUUUGCAGCAUGAUUAGUGGAGGCUUCAAAUGGGCGAGCUCCAGACUUGGCAUUUGUCAUACUUGCGAGAACUGCGGAAGACCCUGGUUUAACCUUCACGUAAUUUGAACCAUCAUUUAUGAUUUUCA